UGAUUUGCGGAAAUAAUAAGAACAACAAUAAUUAGAAGAUUUUUUCUUGCAACUACCACCACCAACAUCACCACCACCGCCACCAUCUACCCUGACUGCCAGCCUGUGUGCCUGACCACCAGCCUGCUGUUUUUUGUAUAUUUCUCUCUUCUGUAAUAACAACAUCCGCCAAAAAAUUUACGUGAAAAAAAUCUAUAAAAAUGUCUCGUUUUGGUCUUCGAAGUUGUUCAGAUGGUUUAAAACUUUUAGAAGAAAAAAACAAUCGUCGUAAAGCUUCAAAUCCCACAUCGAUAUCCACAAAACGCAUAUUAACACAAAAGGAAUCGAAAUUUUCGACACAAGUCAAUAACAAUGAAGAAAACUUAAUUGAUGAUAUUAAAAUUGAGUCAGACGAAGUAGAAAAGUGUUCUGAUACCUCUGAUAAACUGGCGAAGAAUAAAAAUACUGGAGGAGUUGGUGAAGAUGACGACGAUGAUGAUGAUGAAGAUAAUAACAAUGAUAACGAAAAUGAUGAUGAUGAUGACUACAGACAACAAUCUCCAAUUUGUAAGGGAACACUUGUCUGCAGUUUGCCUUUAGAUCGUAUCAAUGAGAUUAUACAGAAGCUUAAUUUAAAUAAAGCGAAAAUAGAAAAUGAAAAGGAAUCUGAUGAAAUAAUGAUAGAGGAAACGUUGGAUAACGACGAUGAUGAAGAGGAAGAUGCCAACAUAUCAAAACAAUCUGCGUCGAAUAUUAAGAAUCUUUGUUUAUACUGUGAUAGGAAGUUUUCAUCUCAUAAAAUGCAAUUAAAACACGUCGACAAAUUUCAUUGCUUGCAACAGGACCGCCGAUGCAGUGGCCGAAAUGCUCAGUUGCAACAACAAUCGAAUUCAACUUCGCGAAAACGCAAGUCAGCCAUUAGGUCACAACAUUUUCCAGGUUGCAACUUUUGCCAGAAAACCAAAGGGCCGUUGCAACCAGUUAUAUUACCAGCAACGGAAUUAAGUUCUUUGUUUCUUCAUUUAACCGACUGCCAUACAGAUAAAUAUUUUGGUUGCAAAACGUGUGUUAUACGAUUUCAAAAUAUAUCUAAAUUAUCCAAGCACAUGGAAGUAGUUCAUAAAACAUUACCAUUUGCUUUCGAUGAAAGCAGCAGUAAAUCCAAGGACAAUGAUACUGAUUCUUUAGUUUCCAUAGACAAGUUAACUAUCGGAGAAAGAAGCAAGUUGUCAUUAAAACGACAGCAGCGAUCUCAAAAAUCAUUAAAUAGUUGCAUGAAUGUCAGUGGAAAUAGCGUUGGUACAGUUAGUUCGACGUCUCAGUGUAGCACUGCCAUAGCACCGAAUACAUCUGUAAUUGGCGCGGAAGAGCCAAUUUUAUCCCGUUUGGGAUUGACUCAAAAUCGUCUACCGAACAACCGUAAAGGUGUUCGAUUGCGAAGGGAAAAAUUACUUCCGGAAAUGCUCCUCAAGUCCGAACAGAAUCACACAUCAUCAAAUAAUUUUGCAUUUGGCCAAACUACCUCCAUAUCUGCCUCUUCCACCUCCUCCACCACCUGUUCUCCUAAAUUACGCGGCAAAUCAAUAAAAUCCAUUGGUGGAUUUUCCGGCGAUACGACUGCAGACGUUGUUUUUCGUGUUCCCACACGAAAUGAUAUAUUGUCGUGUGUAUUUGACGACAACUUUUACAAAGAAGUGGUUUCGAAUGUACGUAACAAUUUACUCUUCCAUUUAGAUGGAAAAAUUAUGGGUAACUCGAUCCAAGAACUAGAUACAUCUCUGAUGCGUCACGCCCAUCAACCUCAAAUACGAAGUACACUAGUCAAAAGCCCAAUUGUUGUUACGACAAUGGAUAGUGAAAUUCAUGCAGCAACAAGUCUUGCUGCUAUCACAGCAUUUCCUACGCUAUUGACUGCCGAACAAUUUGGUGGCGAUGCAAGUUCUGCCAAGAUUCGUCGACCACAUACUAAGAACUCGUGGAAAUGGAAGUGGGAUAGUGUUAAAAAAUUUAAGCUUAUAAACGAGGGAGGAAAAAUUGUUAAGAAAAUGAAACAUCCCAUGCUGGGAUUGCGCGAUCUUUCUAAACUAGAUAUGUGGACCCAAUUGACCAUGCGUCAAAAGCACGAGUUAUUGCAACAGCAAAAAGUUAACCAAACUCAUGAAGAUAAUCACUGGCAUCAUGUCGCAACUGCUGCAGACACUUCAGCCGAUUCAUCGCGAGAGGAAAAACAGCGACUUAACGAUCAACUAAACUUUAUAUUAGACAUGCGUCUACUGCCACAUAUUAUACUUGAGCAAAACGAACAGGCCAUCAUCAAAUUAGAGAAUGAUGAAUUUGGAAUAGCUCCUACACAAAUAGCAAGUGAAGACUGCGGGGAGAAUUUUAUGGCACAAACUUUUGCAGAUGAAAGCUUUCUGUCUAUGCUUAAUCUUCUACCAAAUUAUGACACUCAAAAUACUCGCACAAAAUUGGUGCUAAGCGGAGAAUGGGCAAGACCUCGAUGCUAUCUCUGCAUUUGUUGCGGAGCAAAGUUUGAAAAAUUGAAAUCCUUAGAAGAACACAAAAUGUUUCGUCACUCUCAGAUCCUAUCGACUCAUUACGAGGUUGUUGGUCGCGAAUUAUUAAAUGGAAAUCUUUUGCGACAUUUAUUUAUACCGAAAAAAGCUCUCAGUCGUUAUGGAAACGAUAGCGACAACAGCUUGAUAUACAGUGGUGCUGCUCGUCGAUUGUUUUGGCAUAAAAAUGAAACACUUAUUCGUGAAAUUACCAAUAACGAGGAGUCCUCCGACAGUUUGCAAUCAGUGCUUCACAGUUGUGCAACAAAUUCGCCAAGUCUAAAGAAUAGCAGCAGUUGUACUGAAGACUGUGACAUUGAUUCAAAAUUGUCAACCACAGCUGCCUUACAACUGGUUGAAGAUGGAACAGUUGUCUCGCCAACUCACAGUAUUCAGUCGUGCAGCUCAUCAUCAUCAUCAACUGGACUUAAGAGACAAUUGAAAAAUGCAACUAGUUCACGGUCGUUGCCAAUAGUAAAUGCUACUAGUAGCGGUGGCAAUAAUAAUAGCAACAUCAGUGGAUCCGGUUGCUCUAAAUGUGGUCGCAAAUGUAAUGGUGUUCUCGAUCUUUAUCGUCAUAUGCUCGAUUGUUCUGGUGACUAUAUAUGGUCACUAGCGAAGAAACGAAAAUACCGUUACUAUUGCGGAUCUAAAAAACGGCGACCUUGUAAUAAGCACAGUAUUUUGGAAUUGAGAAAAAAUAAGAGCAAAACUGCAGUUAAACCACUUUCUAUUUCAAAUGAUAAUACUACCGAGGAAGGUGCGGUAUCAUCAUCGAAUUAUACAAAAACCAAAUCAUCACCUCGUUCUCGACCAAGUGAUGCUGAAUCCAUUAAAAAAAUGUUGGAAAAUUUACCUCCGAAACGUAUAUGCAAGAAAAUAUUUCCUACUCUGAGUAAGACUAAGAAAUCCAUCAAAAACAUUAAACCUAAACUAUUAGCUAAACACAAAAUUUACAAUAGUCUAAGAAAGACUCGAGUACGUCAAAUGUCUCAGGCAGCUAAAAUUUUAUCUAAAACCAAAUCUCAACUAAAAAAACCUAAGAAAAUGGCAACAAGGUCAACUGCUUCCACUAUAAAAACUAAAGUUGUUAAAAAUAGAAAUAACAAAAAUAAGAAAGCUAUUAAAGCAACAGUAAACAAAAGCGUUGAAAAGAAGUUAACAAAUGAAAAUCCACCAACCAAUGAUGAAAAAUUGAAAAACAAACUAGAAGAGAGUUCAGAUGUAGUGGAUAAUUGUAGCAUAAAAACAGAGAAUGAAAACGUAAAAGAUUGUACGUUAAGCGAGACUAUUGAGUCCGUUCAAACUACAGAAGUUGAAACUAAUGAUCAAAUAUUGCAAAAUUCUAGUGAUCUGUUAAUUUCUGACAAUUUAAAACAAAAUAAAGAACAAUUGUUGUCUCAAGAUGAAAAAUUGAAAAAAAUUUCAGAUCCCAUUGAAACCUCUACAAAGAAAAUAUCCGAGUCAGUUAUAAAUGUCAGAAAUAUAACAACGUUACAGGAAAAAGUUCCACUGGAAAUUCAAGACCAGACAAAAGCUGCAAGUAAUACAACAGUGACUAAUAUAAUUGGAAUGUCUGACUCUGAACGUAACACUCAAACAAAUAGUAAAAAUGUCAAGAGGAGUAAACGUAUCAGUGAUUGCAUUGCGAUGUUAACUGGAAAGUUAGAAGAAAAACUUAAAACUGAACAGAAUACUGUAAUUCGACCAAUACAGGAGAAAAAAUCCGCUAGUGAUAUGUCACAGCCUUUUAAAAUCUUUACUCCACCUGCAGUUCCACCUAUACCAAUACAACAUCAACCAAUAUUUGCUAUGCCAAAACUUGCUGAUGACACCGAUAAUGAAAAGACUUCUCCUAAAAAGACUCCUAAACGAAAAGCUAUGUCCAGGCGCAUUAUAAAGACAGAUGUGUCUGAAAGUAGCCCUCUACCUCCUGUUAUGACAAAUUUUAUGAAUAAACCCCUUGACAAUCCUAAAAUAAUAACUCCAAUUGAGAUUACUUCUGUACCAAGAGAAAUUUUAUUGCCGAAGACAUUUGUGUCUCAACAAAUUUCUUCAACACAACAGAGUAUAACAACGACAUCAGUUAAAAAUCUCCCAGAAAUUGUAUUCGCACAAGUUGAAAACAAAAGGCCAACAAAUCUAAUUCCUACAACAGUAGUCGCUUCAAUGCCUCCACCGGUUAUGCCUCCGACUGUAUCAGGAAUAUUGCCGAAGAUGCCACUUUUUAUACCUAUGGAUAAUGUUAGACAACCGAUAGCAGCAACUCAUAUUACACCGAUAGGCUUACCAUUAACAAAUUUGCCUGUUCAGGUUCCAGUACCUAUUUCAAUAGAAAAUGUUCCCCAAACAUCAAACGCUUCAAUAUCCACUACUGUCACUGUGGCUGGUGGAAAUAUUAUUCCAACUCCAGUGAAUCCUAUUAUGACAACUGUACCUGCCCACCUCUUAGCGCCGCCGGGACUUCAAAUAACUAUGCAGAAUUUCAAUGCAACUAAUGCAGUUGCAGAGCCUUUAAAUUUGUCCAAUUCUUCUAAAAAUGUGCAGAAACAAAGCCAAGACUUGUCUUGUACAGGUGUUCAACGAAUAAGUGGUAUACCUGCACGUCGUCAAACUAUUUGUGGCUUCGAAGUACGUAAUUUUGCUAUCUUUGAUGAAAUGGAACCAUUAGAUCUAUCUAAAAAACCACGCCCUGAAAAAACUCUUGCCACUGUCCCUUUUCCACCAAGACACAUAGAGAUGGCUUCUCUAUUAUUACCACCACAACCAACUCUCGGUGUACCAAGUGAGUCACCAAUCUUAGGUAUACCGCCUCUAACACCAGAAGCUUUGUUAAAUAAGCCAUUCUAUUCGAAUUUAGAUCUACUGAGAAUACCCCAAGUUCGUAAUCCGGUAGCAGGUCAACAAGUUGCCGUUGUCACGAAUGAACCUGCACCACCACCUGCUAUUAUUAUCAAUACCACUCCUUCUAUUCCGCAGCCCACUAAGGUGGCCAAUAAAAAACGAAAUAAGCCACAGGCAAAUAUAAAUGCUAUGGUUCCGCCUCCAGCUAUAAAUAACGUUGAGGGUUUAACGUUUAAUUCAAUCGCAACCACAACUACAUCUAAGACCAAUAAUGCCAAAGAUUUUAUAAGUAACACCACUAAAAAGGAAUCAACGACAAAGAACAAAAACACUCUUCGCAUGGAUGAAGAAGUUAUAAAUCAUAUAGAUGAUGCAAUUAAUUCUGUUAUAAAUGCUGUUAAAGCAAGUCUCGACAAUGAAGAAGCUGAAAAGGCUCAAGAAAUGCUGCAGAUUAAAAGCCAACAACAAGCACAACCUUUGAAUCAAGUAAAAACUACUGAUGAUGUCAAUGCUCCGAAGGAGUCAAUUGCUGAAUUUAAAUAUUUAACUGCCGCCCGACGAAAUAUGCGUUCAAAGACUUUAGACUGUCGACCAGCGGCCCUAAACAAAACAAAUACUAAAAAUUCAACCGUCAAUAUUAAUCAAUGUCAGGAUGAUACUGCUGCAGCUGUUGUUGUUACUACAAACACUACAGUUAUUACUCCUGUUGUUCCUAUUACUCCCAAUAAAUCAACGCUUAACCAAAACAAUGAAAUCAUCAAAUGUUUAGAUAAUAAAAUUCAAAUAAAUGAUUGCAUGUUACCAGUGAAACGUUCUGAAAACAUUAAGGAUAAUAUAGAAACUACAAAGAAUGAAGUUCAAGUUCAAAAAGCUUUAGACUUGGAAUCGAAAAUUGUGGAUAAGCCCUCUAACGAAAACCUAAAUAAUCGAAACAAAACAUUAGCCGAGGAAACGCAAUCUGUGAAAAUUGUUGAAAAUCCCAUCAAGGAAAUUGUUAUAGAGACACCUAAAACUUCUUUAGAAUGUAUUGCGAUAACAGCAAUGCCUGCAAUUGGUCAAGUGGAAGAUAGUGCUAAUAAAAAUAUUGUCAAUUCACUAACAACGAAUACGAAUACUACUAUUAAUUUAGAUUUAGAACAAAUGAGCAAUAAUAAUAAUACCUCAUCAGGAUUUCAUAGUUCAGCACAAUCCGAUCAACAAACCUCUGUUAUGUCAACGACAACAUCGGCAGUAUCAGUGGCAGCUACAGCUACGGGAAGUGAUACAAAGAAAAAACAAAGGCGACGUCGUAAAAAUGAGUUGGCUGCAAUUGUAGCUGAUCAAUUACUGGAAAGUUUCAAGCUUGAUAAAGCGCGUCGAGACAACUUGAAGAAAUUGGAGAAUUUAGCAUAUGAAAAAAGUGAGGAUUUAUUAUUGACAGGAAUGCUUUUAAUGUCAAGUACCAAAAGGAAUGUGGCGUCAUCAUCUUCAAAUAACAUAAAUGCUUCAACUGAAAAUAUUGAAAGUAGCGUUACUAUAAAACGAGCCGGAAAAUCUCAAAGAAAUAAUCAAAGUAUUGAAGGUCAAAAACAAAAUGAAGUUAGUCCCAUUGAAAAUAAAUCUGUUGUUGAAAGUUCAGCAGUAAAUGAAAAGUCUUUGGAAAACGAUAAAGAUCCUUUGGAAGUUAGCGAUGCAGUCGAUGGGAAAAAGAACAACAAGCGUCGACCGUAUCGUCGUCGUGGAAAAACACUUGAUAAUGAAAAUAUAAGUAAAUUGAAAUCAUCUCUAGAAUCAUUUUCGAUUGAUAUAGAAAGGCAACUUAACGAAUACGAGGCAAAAAAUGUAAAUGUCUUUAAAAGUGUUUCAUCCAACGAGAGCGCAAAACAAUCCGGCAAUUCCAAAAACCAGAACUCUACAAAUGUCAAUAAACCUUCUAUAGUUCUAAGACCAAGUAUUCUUUCCGUAACACUUGAGUCCGGCGGUAAUCAAGAGAUUCCACAAACACCUACCAAAAUUGUGGCAAAUGAUUCAAAUAAGACUGUCGUCUCAAGCAGAGAUCCGCGUCUUAAUAAAAACAUUCACAAAGAAGGAGAGAAAAACAAUGAAGUAGCCACCUGUACAAGUGCUGCAAAAGAAACGGUAUUAUCUCAAAAAAAUAAUACAGGUCCUGAGGAUAUAGGAGAUUUGGACGAAGACAAUUAUUUGACUGAAAUUGCUAAAAAUGUCAAUGAAAAAAUUAUGUCAACCGAAAAUGAAGAAUUUGCUUUCAAAGACGAUGGUUUUGAAAUGGUAAACGAUAUGGGAAUGGAUGAUUCAAAUAGUAAAUUUUCAAGGCCUCCCACAUCAAUGAGUGUUCGAAGUGCACCUAAUUUCAAUGAUGAUCGUUCGAAUUUUGGUUCUAUUUGCGAUGAAAAUACGAAUACCGAAGUUAUGGACAUGGAUUUGGAUGACGAAAUGAGUGUAUAUACCAGUUACUCACAAGAUUUGGGUCGUGGGCGUGGUCGAAGACGUCGUCGUAGACGUAGUAUUUUGUUAACGCGAAAACCUAAGAAAAGAGCAUCAAGUCGUGACAUGUCGGCCGAAAAAAUUGAAUGUAUUUUAUGCAAAAAAGUAUUUUACAGUGCAAAUUCUCUAUCGAAGCACAAUAUGACACUGGCACAUGUAUCAAAAGUUUCCGAGCAAGAGUAUUUACUAUCGAAAUCACAUUCUAAUAUUCAGAAUCUUACGAAUUCUGAAGAGCUACAGACGUAUGGUACUUUGGGUCCAUAUGCCAGAAGGUCUACUAGACGAUCCACUAUAUCUGAACCUCCCAUGCUUUCCCGUUGUGAAUCAAAUCCAUCGCCGUUACCAGCUAUAAAUUCUACUGUAGUUCCGCCAUUACAAAAAGCUCAAUCUCCCCAGGCUUCAUUAACAAUCAAAUCAACAACAACGGCGCAGACAAACGCGACGGAAAUAAAUAUUAGUGUUCAAGAUGAUCUAAAACAAACAGAAGCUCUUGUUGAUACACCCAAGUCAACAAAGACUUUACAAAAACCCACCACAAAAGAACAAAUUCCUGAAAAUGAAUAUGAUGCAAAUAUAAGUGUUAAUACAGCAUACAAUGGAAACUCCCGUUUAAAUCUGAAUCCAGAUGAAAGAUUGUUUUUUGAAUGUUGCAAUAUAUUAAAAAGUGCAGAAACUCCUCGAAUUAGUAAUGCCGUAAGCACGGGUGAAGAAUGUAAUAUUAAUGCUAAUUACUCAUAUGCCUAUAAUCAUCAGGAAAAAUCCACUCAACCCAGUAUUAAUGUUAAUCGUCCAUCUGGAAAUAAUUUAACUAUUGAGCCUUCCUCCAUGCGUACAUCUAAUAUACCUGCAAAUCAUCAUCAACUAGCUCCUCUGCAAUUGCCAAAUAAUAAUUUGCAUGCGAUAAGCCAUCAACCAAUGAUGGACCAACAACAAACUUUAUUUAGGGAUCCGCAAAUGAUUAAUCAACCAAGUUGCUACAGCAAACCCCCCGUACAUGACAAUAGAAAUGCAAGAUCUCCAACAUACUCAGCAAUUUCUCAUUUAUCUGCUGUUACCAACACCACAUCUAGAUUUAAAACAAAGGCUGCAAUGAAAGGCUAUGAAAAUGUUAACAUCGAUUUAAAUCAACAGCAAGAAUCUAAGUCUCGUACUAUAUGCAAAUUGACAGAAUUGGCCGAGAUUGCAUUAGGAAAUGAGGAAAAACCAAACUCACAUAGUUUUUCGCCAAUUCAAAGCACUUUAACACCGCCGGAAAUGUCUUCACAUAUAAUACAUUCUCAUCAGGCGCCAAAAGCAAAUAUAGACAGUGCAAUGCGUCCAAAGGGAAUGGAUACACCAGAGUACGUUACAACAUUAGUUACCGAAAAUAUUAGAGAAUGCAAUGCACAGUUGCCCACAAGAAGCGAACGUACAAAAAAUAAUGAAACCCGAAGUUCAACAUCCUCUAAAACCAUUAUGCAUUCAUCAAUUAUUAAGGCGGCAGUUGAAGAGCAUCAGAAAGCUCAGACAAGUAAUAAAAUAAUUAUACCUGAUCGGCCGUUUAAGAACAUUGGUCUAGAGGAAAAGGAGACUAUUACUUUCCAGAAGCCUAAAACUCCUGCCGUCAAUCUAUUGACAGAGGAUAAUAAUAGCGUGUCAACAGGAAGUUUCUCUGAUAGAGACGAUUAUGAUUUCGGCUCUCUUAGCUGUGACGAUGAAGUGAGUGUACGUGAGAGUAACGAUAAAAAUCAGAAAAAUAAUACCACCGAAUCAAGCUCGGAAUCUAGUCGUGCUACAGCAAAAACAUUUGAAAACAAAUCUCUGAUAAUGGGGCGAAUUUUUAAGAAUGCCAGUACGAAGGCUGCCAUCAAAACUACUGCUGUAAAUACUGUAAAAGUUAAAAGUGUAGGAGUACAAAAAGAUCAAACCCCAGUCCCCAAAGCUGAUCUUAACCAACUUUUCGAUGAACUGCGUGGUAAUUCUAGAGUCGAUGAUAUUGUUAGCGAUAGACACUGUACUACAAGUGCUGUUGAAAUUAAUCCUGCUGCUGGUGUUCCAAAUGGAGGCAGUAGUCGGGUAAACCACAAGCAAUACCAACAGCAACGUGAAAACUUGAAAUCGGUUAUACCAGCAGCAUCUCCUCCGGCUGUAGUUAGUUCUACAACAGCAACACCGCCAGCAAAUGCUAGAAAACCCAAAGCAAAGGUUACACGAGCAAAGUCAACUGGUGGAGCUAAAACACGCAAAGAUAUAUCAAAAUUACAAACAGAACUUGGAAUGAGCCCCGACGAAAUAAAGAAAUUAAUAGAUGAAGGCCAACGUAAAUCAAAACGUCGCUGUGCGACAAAUCGUCCAAAGAAAUUGGUUGAAAUGUGGAGUUCAGAUGAGUAUGAAGAAUUCCUUUCCACCAAAGACAUAAUUGCUUUAAUUGAAGAGAAAGAACAACAAGAAAAACGGAAAAAGCGUAAAAACAGCGUGAAUGUCUCCUCAAAUACAAGUGAAGUUGCCAAAGAAAAAGAAAAUCCAGAUGUGACUUCAAGCACGAAAGAACCAAAACGUCGCAAUACUCGCCGUAUGAGUAUGGCAGUAGAACGUCCCGAAAAUGUAUUACUAGAUCGGGAUGAGAUAUUGCCGUCAAAAAAUGCAAAAGCAAAAAAGGCUGUUAAUAAAAAGGAAGAACCUGUGAGUACAACUGCCAAUACCACAAAUGCCAGUGAAUUAGCUGUAAGUCAGAAAAUUGAGAAAUCAGUGCCCGAAAAAGGAAAAGGCAAAAAGGCUAAGGCAACAGAUAUAAUCGAAAACUCUACCGUGCUGCCAACAACAAGUGAUAAAAGUAAUGUUUCGCGCAAAAAACGUUCAAAUAACAGUGUUAAUAAAUCUAAAAGUAAGCCUACACCAAAAGCAAAACCAGCUCCAGUGGUCAAGGAUAGUUCUCGUACCAAAAACAAAAAACGACAAUUUGAAGACGAAGAGGAAUCCAAUGAAGAUAUCAGUGUUAAUGUAGACGUGGAUGAUGAUGACGAUGAUGAUGAUGACUUUCUUAUAUCUGAAUUGAAAAAUAAACAAAAUAAAACUCGUGGCGGUAAGGUGAAAAACACAAAAGCUGUAGCGUCCGUAUCUGCAGCCAUUUUGACAACAACAACAACAGCUAGCGCCAAGUCAUCAACUCAAGAAUCAUCAGCAAAAAAGCGCGGUUCCAAUAACAACAAUACAAAUUGCAAUAACUCAAAUAUUGCAGCAGGCACUAGCAGCAAUGCAAAAAAUCAACAACAGAAUCAACCAACAGGAAAACCUAAACGCAAAAAUCAGUCCAAUCAAUCUCCUCCGCGUCGUAAACGUUUGGCAACUGAGAAACUCUACUACUGGUCUUCGUCCAGCGAUGAGGACUUUGGUCGCAUCAAUAACAACAAAAUUAAUCACCAACCACCUGAAAACUAUGAAAACGCUACUGGAGAACAAUAUCAAAAACACGGUUGGAUUGUUGGCGAUUCACAUAAAAAAUUGGUAACGCUCUUGGCCAUUGCCAAAGGCAAUAAAAAAGUCGAUUCAAAUAGCGGUGUAAAAAAGAAUAUUGGUAAGAAACGUAACUAAAACUUUAGUUAGUUUAUGUAUGUAGACCAAAAAAGUCAAACAAAGAAUCUGCAUCAAUUUACCUUAAUUAAUAUGUUUGUAAGUAUGUUGUAUGUAUGUAUAUGAAUGAGAUGGCGGAUUUUAUAACAAUUCUGUUACCAUAAACAUAAACAAGUAUCAAUAAGUAUACAUAUAUAGAUUAUAUUUUAAAUUUAACGGUACAUACAAAAAUAUUAUAUAAAUUUAAUUUAAAUACAUACAUAUGUAUAUGUUUAGAAUAUGCAUAGUAAUUAUUAAUAUUAUAAAUAAAUACAUAGAAUUACGUAGAUUUAAUUCACAUACUUACACUGUACUCAUACUAGUGAUAAAUUCUACUAAUCAACUAUAAUAGAAAACAUAUUCUAACAUACAACAACAACUACUACUAAAACAACAAAUUGUAACAAUUCAAAAGUCAAAACAAAUUGUUCAUUAAUCUUUUUGCAUAUUUUCAAUAGUUUUAACUAUUUAUUUGAUAUCAGAUGUACAGCAUAGACUAGUCACAUCUAAGCCAUGCUUUUCUUGAUAUCUAUUGAUCUAUUGGAUUCGCUUGAAAUGUGUAAUUUUUGGUAAUUAUUUAUUAAAUAUUCAAGUUUUUAGAAUUUCAUUAACAAAAUCCAAAAAAGUAAAUUGUUAUAUAUUUGAAUUAUAUUGUUUAGGUCGGACACGCUAACUAAUCCUUGCAUACCGAGAAGAUCUAAGUCGUCCUCUCUAUGGCGACUAUGAUAACAAUGUCUUGUACCAUAUCCGUCUGAUUAGUCGUGAUUACAGUCGUCCUUUCUAUGGCGACUCCGAUAACAAUGUCUCGUACCAUAUCCGUCUGAUUAGUCGUGAUUACAGUAGCCUAAGUGGCAGUCAUACCUGUGCUAUUUGCUAGAAUACUUACAUUACUUUUGAAGUUUGUAGCAUCUUGGAAUAAGGAUAAAGGACAAUUUUUACCAUUCUCAUAAAAUUUUUACCAUUCUGUCGUUUUCUGUGCAGACCAAGAUAGUGUUUAAUAUGAGUCAAAUUUUAUAGGAUGUUCUAUCAAAAUGUGAAAUAUAAAACCAAAAUGAAACAUCCUAAAUAUCUGAUACCUACCCGCUCUUAUACAGGAUAUGAUGAUUAAGUCUCGGUUUUAGUAGAGCAACUUUAAAUAUAAUCGACAAAUCGUGUAAAAUUCUUUUAAAAUAAUGAUUUUUCAAGCAGUUUUCUUAUUUUUUUUUAAGAAUUCUGCAAAUCAAAUGAUUUAAAUAGCAAAAAUUAUCGUUUUUAUUAGAAAUACUUUGCUAAAUUGCCAAGUUCAAAUCGCGAAUUGCAAAAAAAGUCAUGGUAUAAUUAUUUAUACCUUUGUAUUUACAACAGUUUUGCACCCAAUAUUAAACUACUCCUGUGGAUAUAAUUUAUUUUGUUAGACUUUUGUUUAAAGCAGUAAACUAUAUAGAAUUAAUUUUGCUAUUGUGUUCUUUCAUUUUUAGUUUAAAAAACUUGGUAUGUAUGUGUAUGUUAGUGUGUUGUAUAUGAUCCAGUUAUAAAUCAUUUAAAUUAUUAAUUUGUCUGUAGAGGUACAUACAUUUAUUAAGUGUAAAUUGUUAUAAUAUAUAAACAAUACCGAUUAAUAAAAAAACAAAAAAAAUAAUAUUAAUUAAAACACCCUCGUCGUUCCCUAUAUACCUUUGUUUUCUCAAAAUUUUGUAAAUGUACAAGAAGUAGUCGUAAUAUAAAUUAGUUUAAAAUAAGAAAAAAAAACAAAAACAAAAUACAAAUACUAUAUUUGAGUAGUUUAGCAUAGAUUAUAAAUAAGAUUAAGUUGUAGUUUUGUAAUGUAAGAUUGACAGAAGAAAGAAGGCACUGUGCUAUAUAUUGAUAAAUAUAAUUAAUAUAUUAAAUAUAAUCAUAAAUUAUAAUUAAAAAAAAAAAACACACACAAA